UACAGGUGGAGUGAAAUUUUUUUCUUCUUAAGAUGUUUUCGUUCUCCUGCCAAACUGCUUAUUUAUUCGUUUCUUAACAUUUCUCCGCUUUGAUUUGUAGUGUAUCUAUCUCUGCCAAAGCAGGCCAGCGGCUACUGGUUUGAUAUGUGAACAUUUCUUCGUUAAAUAAGGGAGCGUUUGUAAACAAACUGGUCUUUCUCAGACACCUCCCUACUCUAAUGUAGCUUAACGUGAUUACUUUCAAGCCAAUAUACGGCUGAUAGUCUACAAUAAUAUUGCAACGCUUCUUCUAACCAGACCUUUGAGUUCGAUCACUGGAUUGUUAAAUUAAAGUCACCAAUUUUGUACAGAUAACGCAACGGUAGCCUUUAGUUUAUGUGAUGGUUUGAAAAUCUAUGUGCUUCAAAUGCAACUCUGUGUAUCUACAGUCAGUCGCAUUUGCAAUCUAUUACAAAUAUUGAUGUAAACAGCCGGUUGUCAAAGUUUAUUGUUUCUUAUUGCCGAAGCAUUUGGUUCGACAUAUAAACUUUCGAUAGUUUUGUUUAUUUAUUGCAUUUUAAAUAAUUUACUAUGAAACAGAAGCGCAAGCAUUCCAAUCAUGUCGAGGACAUUGGCAAACAAAAUCCGCAUACAGUGACUGUGUCACAAAUCAGCGCAGAUAUCAUAUGGCAGCUCGCUGCACAAUACUGGUCACCGGAAACACAAAUUGAGGAGCUCUUGCCCUACAAUGCCAAUAUCAUAGAUGAUAUAUAUUGUCGUGAAAUUUUAGAUCACAAAACGGCAACACGUCGUAUUAUGAUGUUGGAAUUUAGUCAAUAUUUGGAAAAAUAUUUAUGGCCGAAUUAUAAACGUGAAACAGCCACACAUGCUCACCUUAUGUCCAUUGUUGCAAUGGUGAAUGAAAAAUUUCGUGAACGUGUCGAAGUUUGGCCAAUAUUCGAAACAAAACCAGAAGAAUAUCCAGCAUUCUUUCGACACGUACUUGAGACAUGUCUACCCGGUAACGAUAGUAAGGGCAGACAUGCAACUAUGCGUGAGAAAACUGCUUUGAUUGUCUUUCUGAAUCACUGUUUCAAUAGCAUGGAAAUUGAACUGUGUCGCGAGCAGGCUAAACGUUUGGUGUCACUCUCUAUGUGGAGUUGUCUGCAACCAAAACGUUUGGAACAGGAGCUGCGUGAAGUGCCGGAAUGGCGCAAAUUUUGGCGGCGCUUACAGAAAAAAGAAAAAGGCAACGUAAAGGCCGAAGUUGAAUGGGAGCGACAUUUUCUACAGAAUUUAAUAAUUCAGUUUCUAAGCAUAUUGGAAGCCAUUUCACUUGAGGGUGAUGUACAGCCAUCUAUUGUUGCAUAUUGCGAACGUUUUUUGGAAUUCAUUAUCGACUUAGAAGCAUUGCUGCCAACUCGUCGAUUUUUCAAUACAGUUUUGGAUGACACACAUUUGCUUGUACGUGCACAAAUCUGUAAUUUGGUGCAACGCGAAGAUGGAAAACUCUUUGGUCAGCUUCUCGAUAUGUUAAAAUUUUACACUCGCUUCGAAAUAAGUGAUGUCACCGGCGACUCACUUACCGAUCACCAGAUGACUCAGCUGCAUUAUAAGAAAAUCACUUCACUACAACGAGCUGCAUUUGCCAAGUUUCCCGAUUUACGUCUAUUCGCUUUAUCAAACGUCGCCAGUGUGGACACACGCGAAUCGCUGCAACGUCAUUUUGGCGCGCUCAAUGCAACGGCGCUAAAGGAAAUCGCAUCCUUCUUGAAUUUAGUGCCCGAAUCGUUGGAAACACCAUUUCAGUGGCAUCGACUGGACGAUGAAUUCCUCAAGGAGUUAUUGAUAACACGACACGAGCGUCGCUGUUCGCAACUGGAGGCACUCAAUGAGAUGCCACUCUAUCCUACAGAGGAUAUUAUAUGGGAUGAAAAUAUUGUGCCCUCUGAAUAUUUUUCCGGUGAUGGUUGUUUGGCUUUGCCAAAGUUGAAUCUACAAUUUCUUACCUUACACGAUUAUUUGUUGCGUAACUUUAAUCUCUUUCGCUUGGAAUCGACGUACGAGAUACGGCAGGAUAUCGAGGACGCUGUGAGUCGCAUGUUACCCUGGCAAUCGGAAGAUGGUGAUGUUGUGUUUGGCGGUUGGGCGCGCAUGGCGCUACCGAUUGCCUCAUUCGCUGUGGUUGAGGUGACAAAGCCGCACAUCGGCGAACGUAAACCGUCGCGUGUACGCGCAGAUGUCUCGGUGACAUUGUCCGUACGUAAAGAGAUCAAAGAGGAGUGGGAGAAUUUGCGUAAACAUGAUGUGUGCUUUUUAAUAACCGUGAAACCGACAAAACCCUAUGGCACCAAAUACAAUCCACGUGAGCCAUUCAUACCACAAACCGGUCUGGUGUAUGUGCGCGGCUGUGAAGUGGAAGGUAUGUUAGACGUCAAUGGACGUGUAAUUGAAGAUGGCCCUGAACCCAGACCGCAUUUGCCCGGGGAACAGCGUACCUACCGGGUUUGGUUGGACUCGAAUCAAUAUCGCUUGGAUAUGGACAGCUUGCAAGAUGGUUCCGAUGAUGUCUAUGAAAGUUUUAAUAUCAUUAUGCGUCGCAAGCCAAAAGAAAAUAACUUCAAAGCCGUUUUAGAGACAAUAAGACAUUUAAUGAAUACAGAAUGUGUUGUGCCGCCCUGGUUACACGAUUUGUUGCUCGGCUACGGAGACCCUGGUGCAGCGCAUUACUCGAAUAUGCCAAAUGUGGAACGGAGUCUGGAUUUCAAUGACACAUUCUUGGAUUUCGAUCACCUAAAGAACAGUUUUCCGGGUUAUGAAAUAAAAUGUGAUGAUCCGGAUGAAAAGCGUGUACCGCCAUUUCGUUUAGUAUUUGAAGAUGUGCCAGAAGAGCGCUCUGAUGAGGUGGCCGAAGAACAGAAGGAUGCGGAAAUGAAGUCUGCACUGGAAAAGGCUAUCAUCGUGAAGCCAUAUGUUUAUGAAAGUCGUGGACCAUACGUGGCAAACAAGCCGAAGCAAAACUCUGUCCGCUUCACGCCCACACAACUGGAAGCCAUUCGCGCUGGCAUGCAACCCGGUCUGACAUUGGUUGUGGGUCCACCGGGUACUGGUAAAACGGAUGUUGCAGUACAAAUAAUUUCCAAUCUCUAUCACAAUCAUCCCAACCAGCGUACAUUGAUUGUGACACACUCCAAUCAGGCGCUCAAUCAACUCUUCGAAAAAAUUAUGGCCUUAGAUAUUGACGAACGUCAUCUGUUACGUCUCGGUCACGGUGAGGAGGCGCUAGAGACAGAAAAGGACUUCAGUCGUUAUGGUCGUGUCAACUAUGUGCUAACGCAGCGUUUACAGUUGCUUAAAAAAGUACAAAAACUCCAAGAAUCGCUCAAUGUGCUCGGCGAUAACGCAUACACUUGCGAAACGGCCGGAUAUUUUUAUCUUUACAAUGUGGUAGCGCGUUGGGAAAAGUUUCUCACACAGGCUGCUGUUGUCGCUGAUGCAACCGAUCCGGCCACUUGGCGCACAGUGUUCGAGAGAGAAUUCCCCUUCACACGUUUUUUCGCCGACGCUCUACAACCGCUCUUCAAGGGAGAGACCUACGAUGAAUAUAUGGAAAUUGCCAAAUCCUGUUUCCGUUAUAUAACGCAUAUAUUUACAGAGUUGGAGGAGUUCCGCGCCUUCGAAUUACUGCGCACCGGUUUGGAUCGCUCAAAAUAUCUGCUUGUGAAGGAGGCAAAAAUUAUUGCCAUGACUUGUACACACGCCGCAUUGAAACGCAAAGAACUGGUCAAUUUGGGCUUCCGUUACGAUAAUAUACUAAUGGAGGAGUCAGCACAAAUAUUGGAAAUUGAAACAUUCAUACCGCUGUUGCUACAAGAUCCACUCGAUGGCUAUAAUCGCUUGAAGCGUUGGAUUAUGAUCGGAGAUCAUCAUCAAUUGCCGCCUGUCAUCAAAAAUAUGGCAUUCCAAAAGUACUCGAAUAUGGAGCAAAGCUUAUUCACACGACUGGUGCGUUUAGGUGUGCCCACUGUCGAUUUGGAUGGCCAAGGUCGUGCGAGGUCUAGCAUAUGCUCAUUGUACAAGUGGCGUUAUAAGAAAUUAGAUGAUCUGACGCAUAUUUUGGAACGAAACGAGUACCGAAAUGCAAAUGCUGGAUUUGUACAUGACUAUCAACUCAUCAAUGUCGAAGAUUUCAAUGGUGUAGGAGAGACGGAACCAAAUCCAUUCUUCUAUCAGAAUCUUGCGGAAGCUGAGUACGUAGUAGCCGUUUAUAUGUACAUGCGUCUGCUAGGCUACCCUGCCGAAAAGAUAUCCAUAUUGACCACCUACAACGGGCAAAAGCAUUUAAUACGAGAUGUCAUCGAUGUACGUUGUGGAAAUAAUCCCCUAAUCGGAUGGCCACAUAAAGUCACCACGGUGGACAAAUAUCAAGGUCAACAAAAUGAUUAUAUACUCAUUUCGCUGGUUCGAACAAAAGCCGUGGGCCAUUUGCGCGAUGUACGUCGUUUGGUUGUGGCAAUGAGUCGUGCACGACUUGGUCUGUAUAUUUUUGGGCGUGUAGCGUUGUUCAAAAACUGCUUCGAGUUGCAACAAACAUUCAAAUUGCUAACACAACGUCCGCAGCGCUUACAAUUAUUGACGGAGGAAACAUAUCCCAUAGAUCGUCUAACCAAUGAAAAUGUUGACGAGCAACGCAUUUGCGUAGUGAAUAAUAUGACACAAAUGGCUGAAAAAGUUUUCGAAAUGUAUAUGAAGCGUAUGGAGGAGUUGAAGGAUAAACUGCCUGCUGAGAGUGAUCUACAAAUGUACGCACAUAUACCGCAAGAGGACGAAGAUGAAAAUGAAGCUGAGCCAUCGGCUGAUGAAGCCGUUGGAAACGCAAAUCAAACCGUCGAUAGCAGUGAACCGCCUGCUAAACGCGUCGCAAAGGAAAAUAAGAAGGCAUCGAAAGAAGCUGCUAAGUUUAUACCUACACCUAUAGUGAAUGAAAUAAAUGCGGAGGAUGAACAAGAGCCGGAUAGGGAAGAGCAAACCGAUACUGCUGUGGGUGCGGCGCAAGCAGUUGAGGAAGCAGCUACCGAAACUGAAGUAGCUGCUGAUCCACCAGCGACAGAUUAGCGGUGCCCCGUUUAAAAUAUUAUGAAAAGGUUUUACUAUGAAAGUUCUACUACAAAAUGCUUUUAAUAUAAAAAAAAACAUUUUAUUACACAAAAAUACAUAAAAAAGAUAAUUGCA